CGCUGCUGAAGAGGUUCAGUCGUUGACGCGCCGUGGUACCAGCAACGACCAUGUGAAUUCAUUAUCAGCAUCAGCAAUGAACGCAUCGUGCUCGUCGAGGGGGUGGUCGCCGGUCUUGACGAUCUCGCGCGGCGUUUAACGCGUUCAUCCCCAUCGUGACUGAUGAUCGAUCGCGCUCUCGAUCAGGGCUGAAAUCGAUAUCGCGUGAACGCGUGAAUACCUGGCCACUUGCGAAAGAAACGAUCACGUUACCAACCAGGCGGAUCGUAUCGCAACUGCUGAACGAACGGAUCUUGUAUCAGCUACUCUUCCACUGGAAAUCUGCCUGACCGCAACGGGAUCCUCCACUCACACAUCGAGACGAUUCGCCGAGAGACCCGCACAGAUUUCUAGGUUUCACGUUCUGUCGCACAAAGAUCAGAUAGCGAGUAUUCCAUCGGGGGCCAAUUAAAGGUACGAGGCGAGGGAAGGCGCGAUGGUGUCGUCGGCAAUAUUCGGCGCGGCUGCUGGCACGGGACUGGCCUUGUUAGUAGCCAUGACGAUCGUGAUAUAUCGAUAUUAUUCCGUGAAGCGAAAGGGCAAGUGGAACUGGAGCGACUUGGAUCGCUGGCCAGACCCUCCCGCUAUCAAGAGCAAUGACGAUGGCCAUCAUCCCCAUCACCACCACUGCCACGCGGCACCCCCGGUGUCGCACGUGCUCGACUGCUGGAGGAAGCCGCAGAAGAGCUACUACGCCGUGCAAACCGGAGUGAUGCCGGACAAAUUGUCGGAGGUUCUGGGCGAUGUCCUGGAGCUAUGCGGCGGCGGCGGCGGCGGCAGCGGCGGUGCCGGCGACCGAGGCACAUCCGCCGCCACGAAGAUCGGCGCAGUGACGGGGGUGGCGAUCAUCCGGGGUAGAUGGGCCCAGAGGGGCACGAGGUCGCCCCUCUCCUCCGUCGCCAAUACCGAUAGUGCCGAUAGUACAACCUCGACCAGUUCGGAGGAAUUUAAUGUCGCGAAGGAGCAGCACGCCGUGCAGCCGUCGACGACCGAAUCGGGCCUGCCCCAUCAGAGCCGCAGUUACCCAGGCGGCGGCGGAAGUGGCGGUCGUACGUUGGCCAGGAACUCGUCCGUGAGCUCGCAGAGCUCGCUGGAAGGCGCCUCUUGCUCGUCCAGUCAUCGCGGAUCGUCGCCCCAAAUCAGAGCCUUCGGUCCGGAUGGACGACAUCAAGCCCGACACGAUCCUCUGCACGCCGCCUCUUCCUACCCACCCAGCAGAAAUUCCAGGUCUCCCUCACCAGCUCGGGCGGCGUCGUUGGAUGCACGUUGUGGAAGUCCCGCCAGCUACUCGGGCAGCUUGCACAGCGGUAAUGCGUCACCCUCGCAGACUUCUUUGUCGUCCGCAGCAACAGGUAUAAGUUCCACUUGCGGAUGUUCGCCGAUGAAUGCCGUUCAAAGUACUUCCAGACAGACCGGUCGCUGCUUGUCGCCUCUUCUCAUCCCACCGCCGCGUGCUUCCAUAAGUAGCGAAGGUGGCCUCAUACCACCCGCUUCUCCGCUUGGUUCUUUACAGCCGGACCUUUAUCAAAGACGAGACGGCCCUGUCUUCCUCAGCGCUCGCAGGACGGGGAAGCACAUGGGCAGACUUCAUCUGCGACUGAGGUACGACUUCGACAAGUCGGACCUGGACGUGCACCUGAUCGAGGCGCACGAUCUCGCCGGCACCGAUCAGGGUGGCUUCAACGAUCCCUACGUGAAGCUGAGCCUCAGCCCGGAGGUGGACAGCAGGAAGAGGCAGACGCAGAUCCACCGAAACGACCCAAACCCGUUCUUCGAUCAGCACUUUAAGUUUCCCGUUAGCUACGAGGAGCUGCAGGAGAAGACUCUUGUUUUGCAGGUGUUCGAUUACGAUCGCUUCUCGAGGAACGACGUGGUGGGCUCCGUGAAGAUGGCGAUGGACAAAGUUCAGUUGGUCUCCUCCACUUCCUCCGUGGAGGUCUGGAGCGAGAUAGAGCGGGAUCGCAAGCCACCGGAGGAGAUCCAAGAGGUUCUGGUCUCGUUGUCUUACCUGCCGAGUGCUGAGAGGCUCACGGUACUCAUGAUGAAAGCCAGGAACCUAUUUCCCCAGCAGGAUAAGGAGACGUUAGAUUCAUUCGCGAAAGUCAGUCUUCUUUGCGGAGAAAGGAGAGUAAAGAAAAAGAAAAAAACAGCCGUCAGGAGGGCAACGAUGAAUCCCGUUUGGAACGAAGCGAUGUCAUUUAAUAUACCUGCUUCGUCGCUAGCAUCGUCAGCUAUAGAGAUAUGCGUGCUGGACUCGAGCAGCGAGCUGAUCGGCGGAAACGCCAUCGUCGGGUCCUGCAUCAUCGGACCGGCCACCGGCGCAGACAGCGGUAACAAUCAAGGACGGGAGCACUGGCUCCAGAUGACGCAGUCACCUAGGAAGCAGAUCGCGGAGUGGCAUACGCUACAUUAGCUCGAUCGAUCUUGACGACCGAGCCGCUUGAGCUAUUCAAGUCUUCCUCCGCUACAAAGGAGAGAUCCUGUUGACCAGGUGAUCCUGUUGUAACGGAGAUAAUCGGAGGGCUAGCCACGUACGCGCGACAUACGUAGCGAUCUUACAUGUGUAAGAGCAUGUGCAAGAAACAAUCUGUAUUUUCCUCUCCCAAAAAAAGCAAGAAAAAUGAAAAAAUACUUCUCUUAGCGAACUACUGAGAAAGCUGUUUUGCUGCACUUUUAUAGGUAUAUAUAUAUAUAUAUAUAUAUAUAUAUAUAUAUCGAUGGUCGUUCAAAAGAUCCGUAACAUAUCCGGGAUGUCGAAUGUAAAAGUAAAAGGGGCGAGAGGAGAAGAGAGCACUGUAAUCGUGAAUAUUCUUCGUAUAUCCGCGCACACACCUGCACGUCCACGUCUCCGUUCGUUGCACGAAACACUUAGCGCUAUAUUCACGCGACCCAACUGUACAUUUCUUAAUUUUUGGAUACCUGAAUACGAUUUAGAGGCGUAUUUUUAAAAGAUUAAAGAUACAAACCACGCGCAUCCACCGUCGCAGCUCGCCGAGCAUCGUGACGAGGAGAAACGCGCGAUCCGAGGAUGCCGCGAGAGCGGAGAGCACAGUCCUCGUUUAACAGAUCAAUAAUUAAACGUACAAAUACCAAAUAUAUAUAUAUAACAUAUAUUUUAAGAUAAGGUCGGCAUUUCCGAGGGGAGAUAAUUAAUUAACUAAUUCCGAGUUGCCGCUGACCGAGUCCGUCGCCGGUCGGGGUGGAGCUAUUUUCUCUCAGGUUUAUUCCGUGUUUGUCUUAUGAUUAUGCUUCUUCGAAAACAACAAAGAAAAAAAAAGGAGGAAAGAAAUUGCGCAUACGAUACAUGGAAAGCCUAAGUCUGUCAUCGUGCGACUAAAAAAAAAUACCUGGAAUACCUUAAAGCGCGCUCGCUGUAUAGCUCGCAAGCUGAUCGAAGGCCUAAACAAUAUUCCCGCGGAUGAGCAUAUUAAUCGCGAGUACCCUGACUGUCGUUGUCGUCGUAUUGUCAAGUGUGUGUAAACUCAUAAACGCUAAUUUUAAAAAAACGGAACACACGUAUAAAGAAGUCGAGCAGAAUGUGUCUUUUAUUCGAUUACCGUUCGAAUUACGAAUUACUUUACAUCCGCGACUGCAAAUCGAAUUUGAUCUUCGCGUUCGAGUUCAUUUCUGUCAUCGUAACUAAAUUGCGGAACAUUAUACGUCUGAUCUUUACACUGAAUAAAAUAUUACAAAAUUAUUAUAAUUACGAUGAAAAAACUUGUUACUACUUAUAUUGAUAAUUUAUAAUUUUCUCAUCUGCAAAGCUUUGUUUCUUCUGUAUCAAAAUAUCAUGAUAGAUAAUAAUAAUUCUGUACACACACAUACACACAUACACAUUGUUGUGUUUAAGUGUCUGUGGUUUGUCAGCCGAAGUUGCAUUAUCGUGACCCUUGUUGGAAAGAGAAAAUUCAAUGUUAAUGAGAGUUAAAAAAAAUAUAUAUAUAAAAUAAAUAUUAUAAUAAUUAAGUGUAUAUAUAUAUAUAUAUAUAUAUACACACGUAUACAUAUAUAUGUAUAUACGUACUAUAUAUGUGUAUAUGUAUAUAUAUAAAGGAAAAAUCUGAAGAUCUAGAUGAAGAAACGCUUCACCAAACGGAAGCGUAGUCCGAAUCGUACGCUUAACUUAUAUUUACGGUAUUUCUAUUCUAUAUAUAUACCACGAAUGGUAUAGUAGAGUUAGAUGCAUUUUAUGCAGAUUGCGACUGUAAAGAUGGAUGCCAGUAACUGGAAAUAUUCGCUUCGUUCAAUAAAUUUUCGAAACUUUUCUCCGCCAGAAAUCAGAAUUAUUACAACAAAUAAAUAAUAAUAAAAUCUAGGAUUUUUAAAGUAGAUGAUGAAUCGCAAUAUAUUAUUACUUAUUCUACAAAUCCUACGAAAUAAUUUAGGAAUAUAAAUAUCUUGCAUUUGCAUUAUUUCUGGAAUAUAAGAAGAAGCUAUAAUCUCUCUCUCUCUCUCUCUCUUUCUCUACGAGCGCUUUAUGGAUAAAAAAGAUUAAAUAUUAAAGAAAAUUGCGAAGCGGCUGAAUUAAAGUGCCGACUUUAAGAUCAACUUAAACAAGAUGACUAGAAUAAUUAAAUGUAAUAUCUUCAACCUUAAUUCUGUGUGUUCGCACGUGUAGCGAUGCUCUUGAUUGAAGCAAAAUUUCUUUCCUCAAACGCUCAACAAAUCUUUCAACCGAAUAAUAAAUUAUCUAUCUAUCUAUCGGCUUCCGCUUUUCCAGUCGCACUGUAUUAAUACAUUAAUAUAAAGAUACACUUGACAAAUGUUCUUAUAUGUUUACCGUCGUACAAUCAUCCUGGGUGUCUGCUGAAAGAUGUACUUUCGAUAUUACUAUACUCUACCGUGUCGGCGAAGAGAGAAGCUCUUUAUAAAGUAUAUAUACUUACACAAGUUCUCGUUACAUAAGAAGCUCAAUUUUUCGAAGCUUACGUCAAAUUAUAUUUAUACAAUGAGAAAAAUUUUAAAAAACCUCGACUUGUUUGAUGUGUACGCUGACAACUCGAUUGUUCGCCGAUUGAAGAGUGCAAGCGGUGUCCGCGACAUCGAUCGUUUCGAGCAGAGAGCCAGCACGAGUUGUUAUAUUUUUUAUGUAAAUGAGAGAACUCGUUAUGGUUCCUCGAUCAAUAGAUACCACCUAUUGAUGGACCUGAAUUUGCCUUGCAUUAUAACGAUAUACCAAGAGAAGCCUCACGUAUAAUACCU